AUGGUAUCGUUCAGCACGGUUCUCGCCCACAAUGAGGCCCUAAAGGAUCGACCUGAAGGCCUUACGGCCCUCUUUGUCGGCCCAACGCGUGGCAUUGGUCUCGCCACGCUCAGAUCCAUGGCCGUCAGGCUCAAGGCUCCUCGCCUCUACGUUGUCGGCAGGUCCGAGAAGCAGUUCUCCCCUAUUCUUCUGGAGCUGCAGGCCGCUAAUCCCGCUGCUUCAAUUACCUUUAUUGAGACAGACAUUUCACUUGUACGCAAUGCAGAUUCAGUUGCCAAGGAGCUGUUAAGACAGGAAAGCCACCUAGACCUGCUCUACAUGAGCCCAGGCUAUCUCGCCUUUGGUGGCCCACAUUACACCGGCGAAGGACUCGACACGUGCUUCGUGCUGUCUCACUACGUCCGAAUCCGCAUCAUCUCCCUGCUUCUUCCUCUCCUACACUCGGCCCGUCGACCGCGCGUCUUGUCCAUCCUCGCAGGGGAACACGAACGAUCGCUGUUCACCAAGGACGACGAUCUCGGCCUAACUCUUGACAAUGCACGCAACUACAACUCCAUCCGAGCAAUGGAUCAGUUGACGACGCUUCACACUCUGGCGCUAAAUGACUUCGCUUCGCACAGCCCCCACGUUGCGUUUCUCCACAUCCACCCUGGCUGGGUAUCUACCGAUUUUGCCCCCAAUGUCCUGUCCAGCGCUGGAGCCGUCAGCGCUUUGCUGAACCGCUUCCUACUGCCGAUCUUUAAUCUAGUGGCUACCGACGAGGUGGAUAGCGGUGAGCGGCAGGUGUUUCAUGCAUUGAGUCGCCGGUACCUGAGCAGAGAUCUACUUUGCAGGGGUGAGUUUAACGCUGACGAUGUUGCAUCCUGCCACGUGCCGUACAGCGGGUUCUACCGCGUCUUGAGUAACAGUGAGACAGUCAGCGGGGGGCGUUUUUUGCAGUCCUUGGACGAGGAGGGGUGGGCAAAGAAGGCGAUCCAAUUCACGGAACAAGUUAUUGCGGCGGCAUUGACAGGGGGCAGCGGGUGA